AUGGAGUCUUAUCGCGGGUACGCCCACUGGGAUAGCGGCUACCGCAGCCUGGCAGUCGGCGACGACGCCGAGGACGCUGAGGAGAAUGGUGAGGAACUUACCGUGACCUCGCUGCUGGCAAUGGGAGGAGAGGACGAGGAGAAUGCAUACUCCGAACCUGAGUACGGAGCAGAGGCAGAAAACAUCCUUAGCACCGAAGGGUCCGUCCCCUCAGACGACCGAAAUGGUGAAGGUGGCUACCGCCACCAGCCGGAGCAAGCGCAGGAGGAGCCGCCUCACGCGGCCGCGGAGGGGCCACAGCCGGCGGAGGGGCCACAGCCCCCAGAGAGGAGACGCCGCCGCCGCCGCACCACGUUCACCCAGUUUCAGCUGCAGGAGCUGGAGAACUUUUUCCAAGAAGUUCAAUACCCCGACGUUGCGGCGCGAGAGAUACUUGCAGGACGCCUGGAUUUGGCUGAAGAUAGAGUGCAGGUUUGGUUUCAGAACAGAAGGGCCAAGUGGAGACGAAAUCAGAGGAUGCUAAUGUUGAGAAACAUGGCUGCUGCCCCCCUAGUCCCCCCUGUGGAGGUGAUCUUGGGUGCGCCCUAUGAUGCUGUUCCUGUUCUGGAUCCUGCUUGGUGUGUUAAUCUGGCACCACAACCACCUAGACCACCUGUGCCGCCUAUGCAACCCAUGGCACCUAUGCAAGCCAGGCCACCCAUGGCAGGUAUGCCAGCCAGGCCACCCAUGCCACCUAUGCCACCCGAACAACCCAUGGCACCUAUGCCACCUGGGCCGCCUAUGCCACCCAGGGCACCCAUGCCUUACAUUGGCCUGGCUCCUGUAGGCAUCACAUGGGCCCCUGUCAUCAAUGGUUAUUAUGUAGGUCCCUUUUACUAA